CUUGAUUCUUGACGCCGAGGAAGGCGCUCCUCUCUUCUCGUCUUUCUUUGCUGUGAUUCGCGCAAAAUCCUCGCUCCUCGCCGCGACGGCGCUGUUCCAGAUUGCGUGUCUUGAUUGGAUCGCAGAGGUCCUCCAUGGCGUCGUCAGGUCACACGGCCGUGGCGAUCACCGAUAAUCCGGCCACGGAGCGCUCGCCAUUGCUGCCGAAGCGGCGGGAUGAGGAGGAGGAGGAGGAGGAAGGCUUCGAGGUGGGAAUCUCCGGCGCCUCGGCUCCCAGCGCGGUCUUCAAUCUCCUCACCACGAUCGUUGGGGCCGGGAUUAUGGCAUUGCCGGCGACGCAAAAGGAGCUGGGGAUCUUCCUGGGGAUGAUCACGAUCGUGCUCGUCGGCAUUCUCACGGACGCGUCGCUGGAGAUUCUCCUGCGCUUCUCCAAGGCCGCGAAUUCGCUGAGCUACAGCUCGCUCAUGGCGGACGCAUUUGGGAUCACUGGGCGGACGCUCUUGCAGCUCUCGAUCAUCGUCAAUAAUGUGGGAUUGCUCAUCGUCUACAUGAUCAUCAUAGGUGAUGUGUUGUCGGGUUCUGGUCAGGGCGCUGCUCAUCACUCCGGAGUUUUGGAAGAGUGGGGUGGCGGCUCCUUCUGGUGGAAUGGGAGAUUUUUUAUACUCCUACUGACAACAGUGCUGGUCUUGGUCCCGUUGGUGUCUUUCAAGCGUGUCGAUUCGCUAAGGUUUUCGUCAGCUCUGUCCAUUGCUCUGGCUGUUGUUUUCGUCGUGGUCACUGGGGUGAUUACUGCCACGAAGCUGGUGUACAAGGAGAUCCCUUCGCCAAGAUGGCUGCCCGACGUCCACGAUCAGUUCUCGUUCUGGAAGCUGUUCACGGCCGUGCCAGUCAUUGUGACUGCGUAUAUUUGUCACCACAACCUUCAUCCCAUCGCCAACGAGCUCGACGAUCCUGCCUCCAUGCAGAAGAUCUGCCGCGUCUCCAUCACCAUCUGCACCUUCGUGUAUAUUGCGACAGCUCUGUUUGGCUACCUUCUCUUCGGCGCCAGCACCAUGGACGACGUACUCGCCAAUUUUGACGCCGACCUCCGGAUCCCAUACGGCAAAGUCCUGGCCGGGAUUGUCCGAGUUGGCUACGCCGUCCAUCUCAUGCUAGUCUUCCCACUAAUCCAUUUUUCCCUCCGGAUCAACCUCGACUCCCUGCUCUUCCCAAAGUCCGCUCCAAUCUCCGAGGACAACCGGCGGUUCGCGUGCAUCACCGCCGUCCUCAUCCUCGUGAUUUUUUUCGGCUCCACGCUCGUCCCAAACAUCUGGACGGCGUUCCAGUUCACGGGAGCCACAGCGGCGGUGUGCAUCGGCUUUGUCUUCCCGGGGAUCAUCGCUCUGAGGGAUAAGCACGGCAUCGCCACGGGAUAUGACAAAACGAUAGCGUGGAUCAUGGUGAUCCUGGCAGUGGUUUCUAGCGUCACGGCAAUCACAACAAACGUGUACGGGAUGAUCAGUCCGGGAUCCAAGAAAGACAAACCAGGCGUCAGUAAUGGUACGCGGACUUGGUCCUAGAGAUCAUUCACUGUACGUAUCUGUGUGUAGAGCGCCAGGCCUUCCAGCCGGUUGGAAAUGUAAAACUCUCGAUCUUAAUGCAAAGCCUUUGAUCUUAAGCUGGGA